AAAAUUUUAACUCUCUUCUAUCAAAAAUUAUCGAUAUUGUCUAUGUUUUCUGUGUGAAGCAAGCGAAUAAGCGAAUGAGUACGCUGCCAUUUUCUAUUGGAAUUAAUUGAGAAAACCAAUUUUGAAAAAAGGUGUGUGCGUACCUACAUACUGCCGCAGGUUAUGCGAGGAGGCUCAUAUAACUAUGUCCUCGUAUCGCGGCAAUGGCGCGGGCGGCGCGUGGGACGGUGGCCCGCCAGGCGCCGAGUCGGAGUACCCGCAAGCCUCGCACUACGCUGCGCCGCCGCCCCGUGCCAUGCCCAGCACUGACCCCUGGACCGGGGUCAGCUACAGUCAAUACGGCCCACCGCCGAAUUAUGGCUACCAGGCAUACGGCGCCGGCUAUGGUUACGGUUAUGAUUCUAAUUAUUAUCAGAGGCCUGAAUCUAGCUAUUAUCCUAAGUAUCAUGAUUCCCAAGCUGCAUACCCUUCUACGCAGCAGACUAGUUAUGAAUAUUCACAACCUCCAUGUGAUAGAUCACAUUCCUCUGCUGAUGCACGAACUUAUAAUCAUCGGAGGUCUUACAGAUCCCAAUCACGAAGUGGUUCUCCAUAUGAAAGAAGAGAUAGAUCUUAUUCAAGAAAUAGAGAAAGUAGUUAUGAAAAAGCUAAAAGGCGCAAAUCUAGAAGCAGAUCACUUAAGUCAAAAAGAUCAAAAUACUCUUCUAGUGAUCAUUCAAGUUCUCGGUCCAGGUCAUAUUCUCGCUCUUCAUCAAGGAAAAAUAAAAAGAAUAAGAGAUCAUCAUCAUCUGAUUCCUCUGCAUCUGACAGAUCUUAUAAGAAUAAAAGUAGUAGAACUCAUGACCAUGAUAGUUCUCUUACACCACCUCUGAAAAAUAGAAGUUCUAAAUCCCGAAGUCACUCUAGAUCUCAUGAAACUCCAAGUGUAGGCAAAUCAAGUAGUAAAUCUCCUAGACUUCAAACUGAAAAAGAUAUGUUAAAACAAUCGAGUAAAUACCAUUCCAGUAAAGAUUUGAUGAAUAAGGACAGAAAACAUAGAGAUAUAUCGACACCACCUAGGAAGCGAAAGGAUGCAUUAACCCCUCCAAAAGGGCAUAAAAAUUCUGACAGAUCAUCUGUAACACCUCCUAAAAGUUAUAAGAAGACUGAUCGCCGUGAUUCUCCAAAAACGUAUAAACAUAAGGAGCGAGAGUACAACACACCGCCUAAGAAAGGCAAACAAAGUUCUUUAACUCCUCCAAAAUGUUAUGCACGGAGCAGUUCAUCGUCAAGCUCUAAGUCUCGAUCCAGAUCUUCAUCUCCGCGACAUUCUAAAAGUAAACGUUCACGAUCGCGCCACAGCCGAUCACCUUCUAGCUCUAGUCGAUCAUCAGUUUCAAACCGAUCACGAUCUAAAACAAAACGCCGCAACAGAAAAUCCAUAUCAAAACAUAGAUCUCGGUCAAAAAGUCAUUCGAGACGUCGCUCAAUUAGUACAAAGCGGCGAUCCCUCAGCAAAAGUAGGUCAAAGUCACGGCGAAGGUCGAAAUCACGGGGUAAAAAUAAAAAAUUGACUCCCAACUCUAAAUCUCGAUCACCAAGCUCUCGGUCACAUAGCCAAACUCACAGUGAUUCUGGAAGUGAUGAUGAGAGACGUGGACAGUUUACAGUGGCAGACAGAAAGCGCUUCUGGAAACUGCAUAGAACUAGGCAAGAGGAGAGAGAGAAAGAAAAAAGUCCUGUGAAAGAAGUGAAACCUCCACCGGGAGCGGUUGAAUCCACACAUGUGGACGAUAUCCAAUAUGGUGAUCCACCCGAAGUGGAAGGUCCUAACUUCGCAGAGUUACUCCCCCCGCCCGACCAACUCAUGCAGGCUGCUUCAUCAUCCAAAUCUAAGGCUAUCCCAAUACCAAUAAAGAAUGAUGGCAGUUUCUUAGAGAUGUUUAAGAAAAUGCAAGAAGAGACUAAAAAGUCUGAGGUGGAAGAGAAACCUCUAAUUAAAAAACCAACUUUGCCAUUCAUUGGAAAAAGACGUGGUGGCAGGGUCCUCAAGACUGGUAUGGUAAAGAAGGCCAAGGCAAUAGACGAUCAGACUGUGGAUAGUGCCCCUAAAGACGCCUGGUCUCUAUACAUGCAGGAAGUUAAAAAGUACAGGGAGACCUCCUGUGAGGAAGAAAGAAAAACAAGACCAUUGGUCAAAUAAUAUUAUUGCUAAGAUGUAGCAUUAAGAUUUUUAUUAUGACUUCUGUACUGUAUUAUUUUAAAUAUUAUUUUAUACUCUAUUACCAGUGUUUAUAAUUAAAAUUUAGACAUCGCAGCAUCUUUUAUUUUGUAUCGUGGAAUAGAAUUUCCUAAUAAAGGAUUUAAAAAAUGAA